AAUAGUCCGCGACGGUUCCGAGUUUCUCCUGCUGCGGUGUUGACACUGCCGAAAUCUUUCUAGUAGCCAAGUGCGUAGGCUCCAGGCAAACCGCUUUUUGACACUUCGAUGCCACCGGUCGUGGGAGUUUUCGCGUGAGACCGACUAGCUCACUGCUCUCCAGAUUUCCGGAGACUCGUCGCUUGCCUCGGUUGCAGGGUUCGUGUGUCCGAUUUGAACCAGGAAGGGAUAUUUCCGAAACGCCCAGAGAAUAGGGUUCGAAACAUCGUUUUCGUUUUUUUAUACACCGUCGACGGCAACUCCCUUAGUGCGCACGCUGGCUCGCUGCAGGCGCCGUUGCACUGGGCGGCCGCGUUUCCAGUCGUUUCCGCAACUUUCGCGUUUUAUUUCGUCGCCGUUCUGUUCAUUUCUGCUGCCUCGAACGCAAACGAGCCUCUGCAAUGCACACCAUGGCGGGCGGUAGCCGUAGGGGGCAGCUCGGUGCCGUGCCUCUUGGUGCCGAGGUCACAGUUUCUCCGUCCUCAAACCUGCCCGCGAAUUCUGUCAACCCAGAAGUCGUGCAGCAAGAGUCAUCUGCUCCAACUGUUUCACAAUUGAUGCCCACAGGGGCGGCAAACGCUACAACAGCGAGUCUGCGCUCUGCCGUGGCCUCCCCUUCUGAGCUGCGCGCAGCCGGGGGGGUCACCGCUGUGCCUCGGACCCUUUCUUCUACGGUCAGUUCCGCGCAAACUGCUUCCCGCACUUCGCCUGGCACUUCUCUCGGGGUGGGAAGCUCUCUACCAAGCCGCUUUGUCGAUGUUUCUUCGGCGAAUCUCCAUGGCGUCCAGCUCCCGACGACGAGCUGUGCGCAGCUGCCAACUGUCCAGUGGCCUGAGAACUCGAGGCCAAGACCAGGCGCUGUUUCGCCCACAGACGCCGAACUGCUUUUGAAAGCUUUGGGUCAGAAGCCCGAUCCGCGGAAAAUCGAGACCACUGGCCUCGAAAGUGGGAAAAGUCACCUGCGAAUCCCCACCAGCAGCACCGUGUGGUCGGGACCCGUGCCAUCUGAGACCGUGACGAAGCACUAUGUGACUUCGUCCUCUCCAUCCCACUCUCCCGCUCCUCGGUGCACAACUACCGUCUCGAGGUCUUAUAUCGUGAACGGCGAUAGGACCUACUGCGCAGAUCUCACACCCGUCCGACUUCUCCCCAUGAGAGAAGUGGAUCACUUCACUGCAGUGUGCACCGUCCCCGGUCCUGCAUACGACCUCCGUCAGAACGUGGAUCUGCUUUCUCCCGCCAGACGUCGGCGACGCCGAAAGAUGAGAGGCUGCGGAGAUUGCGCCUUUUGCCACGAUUGUGCGAUCCCAGUCAUGGAUACUGUAGUCGGCUGCCUCUCGUCCAUUCUCCUGAACGGUGAAGACACAAACGGCCCUCUGCUCCCUGGAGACGGGGGUUCUUACUACCCGGCUGGGUAUUACAGCAUGCUUCAGGGGCCUUCUGCUCCAGUGGAGACCUUCUGCAUGGACUGUGGAGGUAUUUUUAGAGGCGACAAACUGGAACGGCGCCUCUUUGCUGACAUGCUCGCGAAGAGUGAGCUUUCCACCCACAGUGCAGAAAAGAAGAGAACAGAUGACGAGGAAGCGGGAAAAAUUCCUCUGCCGACAUUCGGCGACGCCCCUCCACACUCACCCGAGUGGACCAAGGGACGAAAAACCGGCGGCAACUAUGACUCUCUCUUCGAGUGGAAAGGUCGGGAUUCCGCACACAAGCAAGGCAACCAAGGCAACGAGUUUGCGUAUCCGAAAGACGAUAGCGGGCGCGUAGCACUCCCUGCCUUCAAGCUAGAGGAGAAGGACAAGGGCAUGCGAGGUGUCCACAAAAAGAUGUGACUGGUCGCCGCGUGCGAUGUCGCGUCCGUUCCUUCUUCGCGGACAAGAUAAUGUAGCGCACGAUGUGUAACUAGCAGAGAUUGCUGUCACGGGCAAUGCCUUUCUGGGUAUGAUUUGACUCCCCUGGAUUCUUGAAUACCGCACAAAUUGUGAGGCUCCCCUGCGUUGUGUGGAGCAAAGUGGUAGCCGAGAUCGGCACUCCGCGUGUUGCUUUUCCAAAGCGCUCAAAAACGAUGCCGGUUCUUCUAGUCACGGCUCACACCUCACGGGGUGUAUGUAUAGGUCAUAUGUAGCUGAAUGGCUUUGACAGUGCCGCGAGGAGCCUCGUUCGCGCUGGCUUUUAAACACUUUCGAUUUGCCGCCCGCCGUGUGAUGAAAAAACCCACCGCGGACAGGCCAUUUGCCACGACUUUCUGAACCCAACGUAAGUAGGUGGCCUCUGCAUGCAAUGAGGCGACCUACAAAUGUGAGCUUUUGUUACCCACGAGCCUGACCCGUGGUCUUUUCCCGAUGACUUUGCCAGUCCCACGAGCUUUAAAGACGCUUUAGCA